UACAAGUUCAUAUCACACGGAUGAUCCAGUAGCCUUCUAAGUAUAGCGCCAUUGGCAAUACAAGUAUUCACAAUGGAGAAUGCUAAAUCUCACAUUGAUGGUAAAAAUGAUGGUGGUAUAAGAUCUGGUACAAAUAAACGAUCCAUCUUUCUCGGCAUCCUCCUCCUUAUCAUUACUGCACUCUUCUCCGUCUCUGUCGCGUUGCUAUUGGUGUUCCUGCCUCCUGGGGAGUUUAAGACUGUGGUUGAUGAUGUCGAGGUCAUAAAACGACCACCUGGCCCGGGUGAUGCUCGAUCUUUAGAACUACUUGGUUUGGGAGCUAAACUUGGCCCGACUGGUUUAGCAAAAGUUCUAUACAACGAAACACUGAAUUAUGGGAAUGUGUUUCAAUAUGGUACUGGUAAUACCCGGAUAGUAGUCAUCGGUGACCUUGAAAUCAUGAAGGACGCGUUCACCUCAACGGAUAGCUUCAAUACACGGCGAAUAGUCGUCAACGAAAUGCUGUCUCCGCUUCAGAAUGAAGGUUCAACGUUUCAAACGAGCGGACAGCCGUGGCUAGAGAUCCGACAAUUCACGGGGCAAACCAUCUUAAAAACAACUUACCUCCAGGCCUACGUACAACCGCGUAUUGACCAAUCAGUGAACUCCCUUAUGACGUCAUUAAUUGCGCGCCAAGGAUCUCCGUUCAAUCCCGAAUGGCUGCUUCGCGUUUUCUUCGUCGACGUCAACCAUCGCAUCUACUUCGACCGGGGUCUUGUCUAUGAUGACGACGAUGACGAGGCGUUCGUGAACGACGUGUUUAACGUUCAAAAGAUAACCUUCGAGCCGAAUGCGACGAUGCCAACGUCUCCUGUGCUUCGCGCCCAGCUUCCUCUUUAUCUUCACCACCUCCAUCGAUUCGCGAAUCACACCAAGCUUCUUGCAGCGGAGGCCCUGUCCACGCCAUCGUCACCAUCUGAAGAACCCGACAGUCUCGUAGUCAUGUACGAACGGUAUAUCAACGGUCUCCGUGUCGAAGGCGUGACCACGCUGAGCGAUCCCGACGAUGGUUGGAGACUGUCAGUGGAUCUCUUCUUCUCUGGACACAGUAGCAUCCCUCAAAUCGUACGCUGGAUGUGUUUGUAUUUAGCAGCUUACCAGGACUAUCAACAAAAGAUCUUCGAAGAGAUCAACUCAUUCGGUCGUUACACCGAUAUCACCUACGAAAACCGGACCCGACUUCCUCUAACCGUCGCAUUCUUGACCGAGGUCGAUCGCAUCCACCACCACUCUCCCCUCGGUGUCCCACGCUUCGCCACGGCUAACGAAACGGUCGACGACUACCACAUCGAAGCGGGAACAACAGUCAUUUCAAACCUAUGGCAGAUGUCAAACGAUCCGAAGGUUUGGGGUGAUCCGCGUGUGUUUCGACCGGAGCGAUUUUUCCUGGAUGGAACCGGUUCGGACCACUUUCAACUGGAUGCCAACAAGUUUCAACUCCACACACCCUUUGGUGUCGGUCUGCGCUCCUGUCCCGGAGAGAAGAUCGCACGCAGGACCCUCUUCAAGACAAUGAUAGCCCUGAUCCAAGAGUUCCAGAUAGUUCUACCAGAAGGAACGGAACCGGACCUCGACCAGACCGGGGACUUUGCAGAACCAUAUAAUGUGAAAUUUCUGAAAAGAAUAUGAACCUAUAUCUGGUGGUGCCGGUGUUGUUUCUCCUCAUUAUUUCGAGUUUAUGAUGUGGGCGUUCGGAUUUUUUAAUAGAUCGUAUUUAGUUUGUGAUUUUUCUUUGGGUAUAUCCCUAAUUAUUGCCAAAACUUCUGCUAUUGUUGAAUGAUUUUUUUUCUUUAAUAAUAUAUUUUAUAUUUGACUUAAACAGAAUAUUGAUGAACGAUGUCGAUGAUGUUCUGUGAAAACAACAAUAGCUAUUCAAUAAAUAAUUCAUUAAACAUCAGUGUAGUGAUCUAUGCCACCGGUUACAGAAAAAUGUUAGGUAGGGAGCUUCCUAACCACUCCAUCGGAAACAGGAAACAUCGACACAACAUUAACACAAGUAGAAGAAAUGUAAUUGCUUUGACGGGUUCAAUAUUUUUGAACACCACUCUUGCGUCAACGCUCACUUGCCAGUAUUGGCAUUUGAUUAUCGAAUGUUAAACAAAGUUAUCAUAUAUACAUUGUACGUAACAUUAAACGUACCAUGGAAUUUUCGCUACCUCAGGUUAUGAAAUUAUAUGUUUUGUUACAUUUCCUCAAAGAAAUAAAAGAAACAGAUUUAUUAUUUUA